GAAGCACUUCCGCUGUGACGCGCUUAGCACUCAGUUAAUGGCGGUGGGCAGCAGGGUGGACUGUUAACGUUUCCACGGUUAUAACUCUGUCUCAUAAUCUUCUCAACAUGUACCGGAGUGUGUCGGAAAGGCGGAGUGGUUUCAAGAUGUUUAUUUUCAACUUUCAGGUCGGUUCAGGCGACGCGCUGACGCCAAACCCACAGCCGAGGAGCCGGAGACGAGACAAACGUUGAGCUAAUGGAGAACGAAGAUGGAGAGAAGGAAGCGGAGUGUGAAGUGGCUGAGCUGCGUCUGAAAGCAGACUCGCUGAAGCAGGAGCUCAGAGAGUGCAGAGUCGAGCUGGCAAAGUUACAGAAGCAGCUGAAUCAGUCUGAGAGGCUGCAGAAGAGCACAGAGAGCUACAACGAAGACCUGAGGAAACAGGUGGAUCAGCUGAGUGCAGAGAUUCACGAGCGGAAGAAGAAGGAUAAAGACCGAGUCAACAGUGAAACUCAGACAGAAGAAAAUGUGUGGACAGAAACAGAUUAUUACAACUACUACUAUGGAAGCUACUCUCAGAACACUGAGUCAGCAGAUCCUCAGGAAGGCCUGAACGCAGCAGCAGCAGUAGUAGUAGCAGCAGAAGCUUCAGCAGCAGAAGCUUCAGCAGCAGAAGUAUCAGCAGUGGACGGAGCUGACCAAAGCAAGGCUGCAGAGGUUUCAACACCAAACGAAACAGAAGCUGCAGAUGAGUCAGCUCAACCUAACAGCAGUGUCACAGUCGCAACAGAGGAGGGCGAUGCAGGAUCUAUAGCUGAUAUGUUGAGGGCCACUGCUGAAGAGGCAAUGACACAGACCGGCUUUGUGUUUGAUGAGACCACAGGGAUGUACUACGAUCACAGCACAGGCUUCUACUAUGACUCGGCUAGUCAGUUGUACUACGAUGCCAACACAGGCAUUUACUACUACUGCGAAGCAGAAAGCGGCCGAUAUCAGUUUCAUUCCAGGAUCGAGGUGCCUGCUGCACAGACCGAUGUGGAGCCUUGUUCAGACAUGUACACUGCUGAGAAGAAAAGCAGGAAGUUGAAGAAAGGGCUCAAGAAAACGUCACACAAGGACGAUAAGGAACUAACGUUCGAUGAUAUGAGGUUGGAACAAGAAGAUAUUGAAUGGGUCGAGCUGAAAACAACCAAGAGGAACACAGAAUCCCGGAACCUGAAGCGAAGGUCUCGCAGUGCAGACUUGGCUCCACGCCGGGAGGAGAGCGACAAAUCUUCGAAGAGGAAGAAGCAAAAAAACGGUUCAGGGCACGAUGACAAGGGAAGAUCAAAGAAGAAAAGCAAGAAAUCAGAAAAGAAGAAGAAGAAGAAAAAGAAAAAGAGCCAGAUUCGAAGUGAUGACUCGGAGGGGAAUAGCGAACCGGAGGAGGGUGAGAUCACAGAGUCUGAGAAAGACAAGUGGGAGUCUACUCCUUCGUUCUCAUCGUCGUCUGCAUCCCCCUCCCAGGAAUCUGAGAUGGAGACUCAGUGUCAGGAAGUCAAUGCAAACAUUUGGCCGCCAUGUGUAAGAGUGACAGUAGUCAGGUCUCCAGUGCUGCAGGUGGGCACUCUGUUCAUCAUCACUGCAGACUCUCCAGCCACCAUCGGCAGAGAGAAAGAUAUGGAUCAUGCAAUCCGAAUUCCAGAGAUGGGAGUCAGCAAGCUCCAUGCAGAGGUGCACUUUGACCAGGAGCAGCAGAGCUACGCGCUGGUGGACCAGGGAAGCCAGAACGGAACAGUCAUCAAUGGCAACCGAAUCUUACAGCCCAAAGCAAUAUGUGAGCCGCAAGUGCUGAUGCACGGUGAUGAGGUGAAGAUGGGAGAGACUGUUCUCUCAUUUCAUAUCCACUCAGGCACUGACACCUGUGAUGGAUGUGAGCCAGGGCAGGUGAUGGCCCACCUCAGCAAGCACAAGAGAGAGGAGAACACAGGCCCUGCUCUCACCAAAGAGGAUAAAGAAGCACUGAGACAGAAGGAGCUGAAACAGAUGAAGGCCAAAUAUGGCCUGCAGGUCAGUGUUGGCAGCAGCAGACAGGUUAAACCCUCAAUUUGUCUUUACGCAGUCAUUCACCUCUGUGUUUUCUGUAAACAGAGCAAUGAGGAGACCAAAGCCCUGAAGAACCCCAAAUAUCAGGACCGAGCAGAGUCUCGUCGACAGACAGUGGGCAGCGAGGGGGUUUUCCAAAGAGAUGAUGCUCCUGCUUCUGUUCACAAGGAAAUCAGUGAAGUCAAUAAAGGACGGAAGAUGCUGGAAAAGAUGGGCUGGAAGAAAGGAGAGGGACUGGGCAAAGGAGGAACUGGAAUGAAAAACCCAAUUGAACUGAAAAUCAGGAAGUCUCAGUCAGGUCUGGGAGCCGGUGCAGCCAUGUCUCUCGACAGCGUCUCUACGACCAAGUCAAAGUCCCAGAAGAACUGGGAGAAAGCCAGAGAGAGAUUUGCUGAUACAUUCGAGCUUGACGCAUCGGUCGUCAAAACACAGAGCAACUCCCCCAAAGCCUGGGUGAGAGCAGAAGAGACUGAGACCACCAACUCACAGACAGACAGCCAAAGUUAGGAAGAAGAUGCAUAUAUGUACUGUGGACAUUAAGAGCUGAGUGCUUUUUUACUCAGUUUGUUCUCUAGUGUGCUGGAUGAAGACCCCAGCAACCAAUGAAAUCCAACCUCUAACUUUGUUCUGUUGAGAGCAGAGUGUGACCAUCAGUGUUUGGCACCACAUUUUAAUUAGUUUGAUGAAAACAUUGAUCAAUUGAAGUCAUUUUAAUUGUCUCAGUUAAAUUUUUUUAUGUAAUUUUUGGCAUUUUAAAACUAUCAUUGUUUAUAAUUUCCAUGGUGGCAGGGAUUUCUUAUUAAUAAUGAGGUUGAAUCCUCUUCUGAAGAAGAGAUGUUUAAGGCAGCAGAGGAAACAGUUCUGCUGGUCUGGAGCUACAGUGUGAGAUUACACAAAUGUAGGAAUAGAUUGAAUAAGAAUUUGCAAUAAAACACGUACAUUCAUCCAA